AAUCAAGUACCUUUUGAGAUAAUAAUGAAACUCUUCAGUUUAUUAAUAUCUUUUCUAUUCCUUGCGGGUGUUUUGGCAGAUGAUGAGUCGGAUUAUAUGGAUAAUGUUUUGAGUUCAACUGCAGUCUUCAGAAUUGUUUAUUUUAAGAAUGGCAUAGAUACUAUAGAUGGUAGACGUGGAUUAAAUGGUUUGGAAUAUAUUAUUGAGGCAAUGGUUGAUGAUAUCAAUAAUCAAUAUGCUUACGAGAAUUUCUGCAAAAUUAAUUUUUUGAUCGCUGUACCGGAAGCAAGAGAUAUUUUAUCCCAUGUAGCGGAUCCGCAGCCAUCGCAAAUUUCAGGUCAAACAGAUCUUCAUUUAAAUCAAACGCAAAAAGCCAAUUUAUUUCUCGAUCAUAUGAUACGAUUCAUAGGUGCAGCACUUAUUGAAAGAUAUAGAGUGAAAUUAACUUACGCUACUAGUUUUGGAACUUUGAAAGAAAUUGCAAACGAGACAAGAAAAUUUGUCGUUCCAACUUUAAGAAAUGUUAUUAGACGUCGUUUAUUGGGUGAACCUGUGGAGCGUGUAAAUGAUCAGGCCUCUUUACUACCAAAUUGUCGUUUGCUAGGAUUGUACUUGAGUACCCAAUCUCCAGAAUUAUACAUAAAAGAAGUUAGGAUUGAGUCAACUAGCCGUACAUGUAUCUUUAAGGAUAAAAAUGACACCCAAAUAAGAUACAGGAAAUUCGGUGCCACGUGGUCAAAAAUAAACGCAGAUGACCAACCAGGAGAAUCACUCGAGGAUUUGUUACAACGUGGACAGCCACAAAAUCUACCCACACCUUCCGAAUACACUAUAUUUGUUCCGUAAAAUAAUAUUAUUAUUUUCCUUAUUAUUGUCACUUUUUCGUUAUACCUAAAAUAUAUACAUAUAAUUAAGCUGACCGGGAAAAAACGGUUGGUGGAUUUUUUCAAUAACGUAUUCCACAUAAUACAUUUUUAUGUACAUAAUAUUGUACGCUAAUUUCUGUUUUACGUCAUGUCUACCAAUAAUUUUUGCAAAAAUAUAGUGGACCA